AUGGCUUUUUCCAGGGGUUGCACAGGGCUAGCUUUACAUGUCCUCCUCCCUGUGCUAGCAUUACUAAGCCAGGCUACAGGGCAGCUGAGAUACUCAGUUAGGGAGGAACUGAAUCAUGGGGCAUUUGUAGGGAAUAUAGUAAGUGACCUGGGUCUUGACCUUAAACGUUUACCCUCCCGUGGAUUUAAGAUCACAUCUGGGAACAGCAAACAGUAUUUUGAUGUAAAUCUUGGUAAUGGAGUCUUAUUUGUAAACCGCACCAUUGAUCGUGAAACUCUGUGUCAGCCAAGUGGCCCUUGUAUAAUAAACCUUGAGGUUGUGAUUAAGAACCCAGUAGAGGUACACAAUAUUGAGGUGGAGAUAUUAGAUAUUAAUGACAAUGCCCCUAAAUUUCCUAGAAAUUAUUAUUAUUUAGAUGUCAGUGAGUCAGCUGUUCCUGGGGCCCACUUCCCUAUAGAGAGUGCACAGGAUCUUGACAUUGGGACAAAUUCAAUUCAGACAUAUAAGCUCAGUGUGAACGAACAUUUUGCAUUGGACUUAAAAACCUUCAAUGGAAAUAGUAAACUUAUUGAAAUUGUACUUAAAAAAUCCUUAGAUAGAGAACAGAAAUCCCUCCAUCAGUUGGUACUUACAGCUAUAGAUGGUGGCAGCCCUGCAAAAUCUGGCACGGCCCAAAUAUAUGUACGUGUUAUGGACACAAAUGACAAUGCCCCAUUAUUUGACAAAUCAACAUACAAGUCCAGCCUGCUAGAGAAUGCACAAGCUGGCACAUUAGUUGUCAAACUAAAUGCCACUGAUCCAGAUGAAGGGUCAAAUGGAGAAAUCACUUAUUCAUUUAGCAGUUAUACUCCACAGAAAGUCAAACAGUUGUUUUCUAUUAACUCCCAAAGUGGAGAAAUACGUGUUAAUGGCACAGUGGAUUAUGAAAAGGCAUCAGUGUAUGAAAUUUAUGUUCAAGCCACUGAUAAGGGCUCUGUACCUAUGGCAGGCCAUUGCAAGGUGCUAGUUGAAAUCAUUGAUGUAAAUGAUAAUGCCCCAGAAAUAGUUGUAACUUCACAUUACUCCCCAGUUGCUGAGAACUCACAAGCUGAAACUGUAGUAGCCUUAAUGAGUGUUACUGAUCAGGAUUCAGGGCCAAACAAUAAGGUCACCCUUUCAAUAGAACCAAACCUCCCUUUUAAAUUAAAUUCAUUUAAAAACACAUAUAAGCUAGUAACCGAAGGCAAUCUGGACAGGGAAAAGUGCCAGUCUUAUAAUAUUACACUGACAGCUACAGAUUCUGGAACUCCUCCUUUGUCAUCUCAAAAAAACAUUUAUGUGGAAAUAUCAGAUGUGAAUGACAACCCUCCCAUGUUUGAAGAAGCAUCAUACUCUGUUUAUAUCAUGGAGAACAAUGCUCCUGGGGUGUCACUUUUUUCUGUCAAAGCCAUAGAUCUGGAUGCAAAUGAAAAUGCAUUUGUUUCGUAUAUGUUACUUGCAGGGGAUAUUGAAGGGCUACCUGUCACAUCUUUUGUCUCUAUUAAAUCUGACAAUGGCACUAUUUAUGCAGGCCAGUCAUUUGACUAUGAAAAAAUAAGGGAAUUUCAUUUUGUGGUGCAAGUUCAAGAUGCUGGAAACCCUUCAUUAAGCAGUUCUGCUACUGUUAAUAUUUAUGUUGAAGAUCAAAAUGAUCAUGCUCCAACAAUUCUGUACCCAUCUACCAGCAAUGGAUCCACAUCUGUGGAGAUGAUUCCUAGAACAGCUAAUGCUGGGUAUCUGGUCACAAAAGUAAUUGCAAUUGAUGCAGACUCAGGACAAAAUGCAUGGCUCUUUUACUAUUUAUCUAAAGCCACAGACCUUAAACUUUUUACAGUAGAGUUACACACAGGGGAGAUAAGGACUACUCGAAAAGUUGUGGAUGACAGUAUUAUUAACUAUAAUCUCACAAUACUUGUACUCGACAAUGGACAACCACCUCUUUCUUCAUCUACAUCUAUAAGUGUAGCCAUUGUGGAUAGAGUUUCAAAGAUCAUCCCUGACACACGAAGAUAUGUAAAAAAUACAACAAACUAUUCAGAAAUGACAAUCUACUUGAUUGUUGCUUUAUGUUCAAUUUCAUUCAUAUUCCUUUUGACAAUCAUUGUUUUAAUCAUUAUUAAAUGCUUUAGGUGUGAGAUGCAAGAUAAUUCUUGUUGCACUAGCUGUUGUGGUGUAAGUAAACAAAACCCUGUGGACAUCUAUAAACAGGCAAACAACAACAUUGAACCUAGACUACCACCUGGCUUGAAAGUACAACCUCAUUUUAUUGAAGUUAGAGGAAAUGGAUCACUUACAAAAACUUACUGUUACAAGGCGUGCUUAACAGCAGGCUCUGGAAGCGACACAUUUAUGUUUUAUAAUACAGGAGGGCCUGGCCCUCAUGCCGUUAUUGCAGACAGACAUUUGACAGGGCAAAGUGGACAGAGUGUACAAAACCUGAUUAUUUUAAAAAGUGAGACUACUACUCCUGUUGAGCCUAAACACCCUCACCCAGACUGGCGGUAUUCUGCAUCACUAAGAGCUGCAAUGCAAAGUGCUGUGCACAUGGAAGGAGCAGCAGUCCUACGUGCAGGACCUGGAGGACUUGAACAGCAAUGGCCAACAGUGUCCAGUGCAACACCAGAGCCUGAAGGAGGUGAGGUUUCUCCUCCAGUGGGUGCAGGUGUGAAUUGCAAUAGUUGGACUUUCAAAUAUGGAUCAGGCAACCCAAAACAACCCGUGCCACAGAUUCCCCCUGAUUUUCCAGAUAAUUUCAUUAUCCCAGGAUCUCCAGCCAUCAUAUCUAUUCGGCAAGAUCAGCCAUCUGCUCAAAACAACAAAAGUAACUUCAUAACAUUUGGUAAGAAGGAAGAAACCAAGAAAAAGAAGAAGAAAAAGAAGGGAAACAAAAACCAAGAGAAAGGAAACAAUCCAACUGAUAAUAAUGAUCAAUGAGAGGAUACUGAAGCCAAUUAUUAACCCAUUUUGUAAGAAAUAAUGUAGCAACUCCUAAAUUCUUCCUACUGUUAAUGCACCUUCCUAAGGACAAUAAUUUCCACAUCCAAGCCUGAAAACUUACUCAGUAUGUCUAUAUAAUUUACCAGAUUAUGUCUUAAAGCUUUAUUCUGUCAAUUGUUAGUCAUAUCCAGCAGUUGUCUCUCACAUCCAAAGAAAUCAGUUGCAAACGUGUGCAUAUAAUACAGUAAGUGACUUUUAAGGCCAACGUCUCUGUAAAUAAAUGGUAUCAUAUUGUACAGAAUAAGAGUCAUAUUCAGGCAUCCAUGCUAGAUGGACAACAUUCAAGUGAAUAUUACAUUUCAGCCACUAAACUCUUUUCUCUGCUAAUCUGUGCAGAAACAAUUUAAAACAGAGGGAUCAUUAUCACAUACAAAUUAUACAAAAAAAUAACAAAAAAACACAAUCAUUGAAACAUUAUUAUAAAUUAGAAAUGUUAUACCAUGUUAUGAGUAUCGGUUUAUAUAAAUAUAUUGAAAUACUGAAUAUAAGCAUUUACGCUUAUAAUGCAUACCCACACAGUGUAUAUUAGGGGUGGCAAAACUUUCUUAGAGCGUGUGCUCAAAUGUAUGAUACGCUUCUUAAAAAAAUGUUCUUGCUUGCAAUAUGGAGCUAGCAGCAGGCUACAUGCCAGUAGGCUAUUGGCAGAAAUGCACGCCACAUGCCAGCCAAUAACAAUAUUCAUGUGCCAUCUUGGGCAAGAGUGCUAAGGUUUACCACCCCAGUGUAUACAUAUACAUAUACUUAUGAAGGGGCUUAUCAAGGUCUAAUGCUGUCCCCAUCUGACGUGCUGCCCUUAUCACAACAUACUAUUACAGACUGAAGCUUAUAUUUUCUGAUUUUAGCCUUUUACGUGUGAAUAUAUAUUGAGAUGUAGGCAGAAUCAGGAUAGUCAUUUUAUGCAAAACUCAGUCCCAGGUGAUAGUCUGCUACCCCUUUAAGUAUUUCCAACAAAGGGAUGGGCUAGUUGGCCUAUGCAAAAAUACGCCCCAGUAUGUAUGUGUAUAUGUGUGUCUUGAUAUAUACUGUACAGUAUUCACAGUAUAUUUAAAAAUAGUUAAGCUGUGUCCGUAUAUGAGAAUCAACAACUUUUUGAUAUAUUAUUUACAUUUUACAUAUAAGCAAAUUCCUCAGGAAUGAAAAAUAAGUGUAAAAACACACUUUCUUUUAACCCUUCUGUUGUACACAAUUUCUGCAAAAACUUGUACAAUCACUUUUUAUUUUUUUUUACAAAACAGGCUAUCUUAUAAUUUGCUACUUAACACAUGCUAUCUGAAGAGUGCAUAUCUACUUCACAGUACAAGCCAUUGGAAAUAAUAAUUGCUGCUAUUAAAGUGCUUUAGAGAAAAUGCCUGAAUCAUACAUAUUGUAUUGGUCACUUGCCAAUCACAGCUUUAUUUAUGUCAGGUCACAAUGUGUCUGGCUGUUGCAUGUGUUAUAAAAAAUAAAUAAAUUGUUAAGCCUACCUUUCCUACAUAUGCACUUCAAAGUACACCAACACUACAUAUCUCUCUUUGAAAUUGUCAAAAUAUAUAAAUGCAGGAUCCAAAUAUUACUCUUCCACAGAUGAAAUAGCCGAAGUUCAUAACAAAGUGUUGUGUCGUUUUUGCCUCUUUCACAAAUAUUUUGCCUUUUAUACAAGGAUAUGAACUGCAGACCCUACUAACACUCAUGUGAAGAUAUAAGUAUGUAUGCCCUAUGCUCCUUAUGGAAUUCCCACAUAUAUUUAUUCUGUGCUUGUGUAUGUGAAUGCAAAUGGAACUAUCAGUUAUAGUUGAUCUUUACUGUUGAAUGUAAACCCAUAUAGUUUUCUUUUCUUUUUGUACACUUGUGAACAAAGUGAAGUACUGUGGAUUUUCAAUUCACUGCUGUUUAUCAUUUUUUAUUUCAAUAUACACAGUAAAAAAAAUCUUUUCUUUAAUCAAGAAA